CAUACAGAAGCUCUCUUACCGUUAAAUAAACACACUGGCGAAAUCACUGUGAAAUAGCAGAGGAAGCCUGUUCUUCAAAACACCCCCGGUAGCCUAGCAGUUACCCUGAGCAGCGGCAGGAAGAGACUCUUCACCCUGUGUGUAUGAGUGUGUGUGUGUGUGUGUGUGUCCACAGCAGAGCGAGGGCAUGGUCUGCAGCCACAGUCUCCAUGCAGGCCCCGGUGUGUCUGGUUGAUAACGGGCCUGAUGGGCACAUGCGUGUCCAGCAGGAGGCGCUGCAGAUCCUGGAGCAGAUCCAGCAGCCGGUGGUGGUGGUGGUCGUGGUGGGGCUCUACCGCACGGGCAAGUCCUACCUCAUGAACCGGCUGGCCGGCAAACACACAGGGUUUGCCCUGGGCAGCACCAUCGAGUCCAAAACCAAAGGAAUCUGGAUGUGGUGUGUACCUCACCCCUCUAAACCAGGACACACUCUGGUGCUGCUAGACACAGAAGGACUGGGAGAUGUUGAGAAGGGCGAUGAGAGACAUGACACGUGGAUCUUCUGUCUAGCUGUUCUACUCAGCAGCUCUCUGGUCUACAACAGUACGGGCACCAUCGACAACACUGCCCUGGAGAAACUGCAGUACGUGACAGAACUGACAGAGCACAUCAAGGUGAAGUCCAGCGGUUAUGACCAGACCACGGAGCUGAUGCGUGUGUCCUUUGUGUGGACAGUCAGAGACUUCACUCUGGACCUGAUCCUGAACGGCACACCCAUCACUGCUGACCAGUACCUGGAGAACGCCCUGAAGCUCAAACCAGGCCACUCUGCUGAGAUCUUGAGACACAACCAGGUGCGUCAGGGCCUGAAGGAUUUCUUUGCUGAGCGGCGCUGCUUCGCGUUCAAGCCUCCGGCCAGCACCAAGAAUAUGCGGCGCCUGGAGGAGCUGACAGAUGCAGACCUGGAAAGCGACUUUGUGGAGGUGGCCAAGCAGUUCUGCAGCCACAUCUUCAGCAGCGCCAAGCCGAAAACCAUGAGAGGAGGCCUAGGUGUCACCGGCAGGAUGCUGGGCAGCCUGGCAGAGACGUAUGUGAAGGCGAUCCGCAGUGGGCAGGUGCCCUGUCUGGACAGCGCUGUGGAGUCGCUGGCGCUGAUCCAGAACGGGCGGGCCGUGACCGAGGCGCUGGAGUUCUACGAGAAAGAGAUGGAGCGCUGGGUGCGCUUACCCACCGAGACACAGGAGGCGCUGUCUGAGAUUCACGCUGCUGCAGAGAAACAGGCCGUCAGCAUCUUCAUCAGCGGAUCCUUCAACGACCAGGAACACAAGCACCAGCUCGAGCUCAUGAGGAGCAUGCAGGAGCGAUACAAGGACUGGUGUGGGCGUAACGUGCAGGAGUCGAGGCGUGUGUGUGAGCGUCUGCUGCUGCGUUUGUGUGCGCGGCUGGAUCGGAUCCUGAGAGAAGGAGCCCUCAUGCGUCCCGGCGGAUACAGAGCGUUCAGCGUCGCCCUGCAGGAAGUAACGAAGAUCUACAGGACAGAGAAAUGCAAAGGCCUCAUGAGUGAGGAGGUCCUGAGAAAGUGUCUGAGGGAGAAGGAGGUGUCGGGGAAGAUUAUUCUACAGGCUGAUCGCCUCAUCUCUGCAGCGCAGAAGGACAUAAAAGAGGGCAGGAGGAGGGCUGAGGAGGAGGCGCGUCGCGUGCGAUCUCAGGAGGAGGAGCGGCAGAGGCAGAAGCAGCACCAGCGCGAUGAGGAGCGCAGCUUCCGGCAGAACUUGGAGCAGCUGGAGGAGAAGAUGGAGCGGGAACGCCGCCGAGCCCAGGAGGAGAGGGAGCGUGUCAUCAACGCCAAACUACAGGUGAGGAAACGCGUCAUCAACGCCAAACUACAGGUGAGGAAACGCGUCAUCAACGUCAAACUACAGGUGAGAAAACGCGUCAUCAACGCCAAACUACAGGUGAGAAAACGCGUCAUCAACGCCAAACUACAGGAGCAGAGGGAGCUACUGGAGCAGGGCUAUAAGGAGCGGGCGGAGUCUCUAGGGAAGGAGGCGGCGGCUCUGCACGAGGAGGCGGAACGUGAGGCGCCGCGGGGUCAGCAACUCUUCAGCAGCAUCAUAAACACGCUGGGCACGGCAGCUUUGGUCUUCAUGCCGGGGAUCGGCAAAGUGCUCGGAGUGGGACUCAUCGCUCUAUCACACCUCGUCUGACUGGACAAUUGGACACACACACAUGCACACACACACUCAUGCACACACACACACAUACACGCACAGAGAGACACACACACACACACAGUCUCAUACACACACACACAGAGAGAGACGAGGAGAUAACGGAUCUACACUCCAUUUAUGGUUGUGUUACGGUAUACUUUAUUUGAUUAAAAAGAUGAUUUUCUCCUCUUCUGGCGUAUUGUGACGGCAGUCAACCUAAGACUUAUUUGCUGGUUACAGUAACUAGGUCAAUGGAUUUUACCAUGUCUUUCUCGAUACUUUGUACAAAAUCUAAGCAAGAAAAGGCCAAACAAAUAAGAUUACUAAUUUGGCACGACAGUCUAUGGGGUUUGCUAUUCUGAGUACCGUUUCGGUCAUACAGUCUUGUUUCGGUGGUGAGCGACGCAGACACAGCCGACACCGAGCGUUAUGGCGGUGAAAUGCACCGCGAUGCAAAGCAACCCGACGCAGACCCAUGAAAUAGUCACAACGCCGUAGGAGUGCCGGCGUAGCUACGCCGUGGAGUUGACGCAGAAGCACGUUGAGCCCUUUAGUUUAUGGCUGUCCAUGUGAGCACAAUAACUUAAUUUUGUACAUUUUACCGUGGAAAAACCGAAUAUGCAACUUUCUGGACCCGGUCCGGGUAAAUCCGGAUGGGACUCAACGGAUGUACAGAGAUCUGCUGCCAAACACCUCCCUACUACAAAGUGAGGUCUUUUCAAAUUACAAGUCUCACUGCACCUUCAAAGCUUUAGUAGUUUUACCCGGUGUAUUGUAUGUGACUACCCUGCUUGUGUAUCGUGCUUGUUUUAUUGACUUCCCUUGUGUUUGCUAUGUAAUGGUGUCUUGGUUUAUGUGUUUGGCUGAUUCCCGCUUCCGCAUUAAACCUUUGAUUGGACAA